UAUGUAAACAAAUGCAACAAUUGUUUUUACAAGCAUUUAAUGUUAACAUUUUAAUAAAAUGUAAUAAAUUUAAAAUUUAAAACAAUAGGUUCCACGUAAAUAAGUUAUAUACAAAAUUACUUUAUUCACAAUAACAUCAUCGAAUAAACUUAGUUAUAUCAUAGGCUGACUGACCAUCUUCGCUCAGAAUCUUUUUUUUUAUACAAUGAUAUUAUAUCAUUGAAUUCAAAUUUAACGCCAUCCAUUACAGUGACCCACUUGUAACCUGCUGUAUGGCAGAGUGACACCCACUUGCAGCCCACAUUUGUUUGAAUAAAUACGCAUCAGUCUUGUAUUAUUUACAUUAUUUUAUCAUUUUUUACGAGCAGGUUAAUAAUAUUUAAUAUCUACCUACAUUAUUUUGUAUAGUCGGAAUAAAUGUAUACUAUAAUCCGUCAAUUUAUUAAUAAUUAUCAUCUAUGUAACCUCUUCUAUAUAGUAUAAUAAAAUUAUGGUAUAAACAACGUUUGGGUGAAUUAGGUUAGGUAUCUAAUAAUGUUUGAACACGUUUACUAAUAAUAUUAUAAUGUGCACAAAUAUUCAGUAGGUAUAAUGGAUAUUGUUGUCUCAUUUUAAUAUAUAUUACUAUUAAUUAAUACAAUAAUAUCACACAGUUUGCUGAAAAACACUAAAAGACAAUUUAGAGAAAAUAUAAUUUUUAUACCUAUUUUAAAGAGCUUGCAGUAUCAUGUAUUCAAUAUAUCUUAUGGAUUAUUAUUUACAAAGUAUUUUUUAUGUGUAAAAUAAUAUUAUUGUAAAGAGACUCUCAUUAAAACUAAGUAAUAUAAUAGGGCCUCAAGUUAAUCUUCUGUUAUGAGUUUCUACAUAACAUCAUCCUUCCAUAGUUAAAAAUGGAAUGCUCUCUGAAACAAAAAUAUUAAUGCUAAUAAUUUCCAGGUAGAAAUGUGAUGCAAUAAGUUGAUUAAUAUCAAUGUAUUAUUAUAAUUAAACUAACUGCAUAACAGGUCCAUUUCAAUUUAAUAAUACGUAAUAACUAUUAGUAUUAUUAAUUUAGUAUCGCUAUUUCAAACGAGACCGAUUAAAUAAUUUUGAAGUAGGUAGAUAAUAAUUACAGUAAAUAAAAUUAUUCUUAAUAGUUGUUUAUGAAUAAUAUAAUAUUAACUGAAACAUAUUUUGCAUAGUGUAUAAUAUUAUUAUGUGUAUUUUCUUAUUGAUAUAUUAUAUUACAUUUUUAUCCGAAUGAAAAAAUCGUUAUAAGGUAUUUAAUGUAUAAUCUACAAGUGCGUAAGUAUUUUUUUUUUAGGUAUAACAAUUGUGUGUACAAUAAUAUUUUAUAUAUAAUUUUAUAUACUCAAUAGUAUAGUGAAAAUACUAACCUAACGAGUUCAGUGUGAAUAAAUAGUAUUGAAAUAGUAAACUUUUUUUUUUUUUUUUUUAAUAAAUAUAACCUACUCAUUAUUACCAAGACAACAUUAAUAUCAAAUUGAAAUACAAACCAAAGAUCAAGUAACUGAAAUGUUCUUAUUUAUAACUAAUUAUUUUAUUUUUUUUACUCCAGAAAAAUGUAUAUUCUAAAUAUGGACCAAUUUUUUUUUGUGAAAUUUUUAUAGUAACCAUUUACACUAUGUGGAUACCACAUACGAUACCAAAGACAACUUUUCACCUGUUCAUUCCAUCGGAUGAAAUUGCCUCUUGCCGGUUGCUGCUGAAUGAGGUCGAACAUGUUGUAAGCUCUGUGAACUUUAGCUGGGCAGAUUGUAUGCCAAAACCGUUAAAGUUACUUUGCUUGGAUAAUAUCGCCAACCAUUUUUCAUGGUACCCCGAUCAGUUGUUCGAGUGGAUUACUCCUAUAAACACAGAGUACCUCGUGGAAACACUAAGUACUAGUUUACCGUUAUCUUUAGUCAUCCACGUCCCGGGUGAUGAAUAUUGGCGCCGUCGGUAUGCCGAUACAUGGCCAAACUGCAUUAAAUCAACACGGAACCCUGCAGUAGUUACGGACUCUGUCAAAAUUAUUUACAUAACCAAAUACGUAUCGGAAAUUAUUGAAAACUUGGAACCUGGUUACGUCGAUGAAACGGAGCUUUCCGAGAUAUUGAUGGUUUGCAGCCCAUACGUUACUGCGAUAGAUUGCCAACAGCUUCGUAUCCAAGGUUCGAUGAUACAAACAUUGGCGAUCGAUGAACCUAAGGGUAUUUUACCCCACGAUCCGAUUCACAUAGAUAUGAGUUUCGUGUUGGGUAUUUUAAAAAACAUUCGGACUCUAAGUCUGGUUUAUGGUUCUAGGACAUUCACAACCAAACCCCCGAUGUAUACUCCCGAACAGUACAUGUUCAAUAUUGAUGACAUGGACACGCUCGGCUGUGGCUUGGUAAUAUCGGAACACCUGACAAGUCUGGCUAUUACUAAGAGUGAAUUAAAUAUGCCAAAGUUCAACAGGCUACUACCGUAUUUAAUGGAGUGCCAUGGUCUUGAAGAGAUCAAUUUUUCGUUUUGUAAACUAAGUUCUCUAGGUGGAAAAUCGGUAGCACAUUUUGUAAAAACUGCGAAAAUGUUAAAGCUGGUGAACUUAUGCGGUAACAAUAUUGGUCCAGAUGGAGUUGAAUCAUUAUCAUUUGUGAUGUUAUGGAGGCGAAAUAACAACUACCCGGCAAUCGAGUUAAAUUUAAAUAUGAACAAUAUAAGUGACAUUGGUGCCAAAUAUUUAGCGUCUGCUUUAGCAUCAGGAGUUCAACCUUUGACUAAACUUCGGGUUCGUAAUUGUAAUAUAACUGAAAUCGGAGGCAUAAACAUUGCUCAGUCAUUAGCAUAUGAUCGUGGAUUACGUGCUUUAGAAAUAGAUAACAAUCCAUUAACAUUGGAAGUGGCUAUUGCGUUACACACAACGUUGAAAACGAAUUUGAAUAUUGCGUACAUAUCUAUUCAAAAUUGCAACUUCCCGCAGAGCAUCACAAAUUUCCUGAGCAGAGUAGCGUUUUAUAAUAGACACGGAAAACGCUCAGAGUUGAUCUACGUAGAUCUCGAGUACUUGUGUUAUGAUGACGACGUAGAACAGGAAAAUAUAUCACUAGAAGAAGGGACAAUGGAAUCAGAGACUAUGGAAAAUGACGUGAAGGAUUAAUAUAAAAUAAACGUUAUAAUAUUAUAUACAUUAUACGUAA